CGCAAAUUCAAGGUGAUUCUGGCUCUCGGAGCUGCCGUAGCUACUGUUGUGCUAAUUGUACUUUUUAAUGAGUUCGGUCUUCAUUAACAUCUGUUCAAGAAAUAAAACUACCACAAAGCAAACAUCGGCUGGACGUGUCUGUAAGACAGUAUCUGCAGUCCGCCAACUGCUGCAGUCCGGCAACUUGAACUCGGGGACAUUCGAAACGUCACCGGACACUGGAUUUAAACAGACACACCUGUGUCAUGACCAGUGUGCUGUGCAGCAGAACCAGACUGGUGACUUACCUCCCAGGGCUCCAUGUGUUGGUGCAUCGUGUGCUGGGAGCCAGAGCCUUCUCUGCAGCCGAAUCCUCUGGCUCUGAUGAGUCCCACUUAGCCAUCACGGACUCUGACAUGGGACUGCAGACAGUGUGGCCUGAUGAGAGCAUGGGGCCUUUUGGGCCCCAGGACCAGCGCUUCCAACUGCCUGGUAAUAUGGGUUUUGGCUGCCACCUGGAAGGACUGGCAGAGCAGAAGAAGAGCCUGCCACACAAGAUGGUCCCUGAUGUGCUGUCUGCUCCAUCCAGCAAUGACAGACAUGAGUUCAUACUGGCUCAGUUCAUGGGAGAGUUCUUUGGGGAAGAUAUUCCAGCCUCUUCUCAGAAUGUCAGAGCAGCUGAACAGUACUUUGACAACUCGUGUGUGGAGUGUGCCAUACAGUCCUGCCCUGAACUCCUAAAGAAAGAUUUCCAGUCCAUGUUUCCAGAAUCUCCAUCCUCUGGUAUGAUGGUGGUCACAGUGACCCAAAAGACGCAGAGUGAUAUGACAUCCUGGUGUGCUGAGGUGGAACAGGAGAGGGAGCAGAUGCUUGACAAGUUUGUUGAUGGAGCAAAGGCGAUCUGCUGUGCUUUGCAGAGAGAGGGGUUCUGGGCGGACUUCAUCGACCCGUCAUCAGGCCUGGCGUUCUUUGGCUCGUACACAAACAACACACUGUUUGAGACAGAUGACCGAUACCGUCACCUGGGCUUUCAGAUCGAGGACUUGGGCUGCUGCAGAGUGAUCCGACACUCGCUGUGGGGAACGCAUGUUUUUGUGGGAACAAUAUUCACCAACGCACCACCCAGUAACCUUAUUAUGCAGAAGUUGCAGGGCAGCUGAACAGCAGUUCAAGGACACUGGGCUACCAUUAAAACUGUAAAGUACCUGGACUGCUGUGUGACUACAUUGUUUUAAUUCAAUUCUAAAGGAAUAUAAAAUCUUAUUCCCCAGUGUUUUUACUGCUGCAAUAUGUGUUUAUAAAAAAUUAUUUGAAAUUGAUUUAUAAUUAUAUAUUCAAACCCUAGAAGCUUGUACACUUCUGCGAUCACAAAUGGAGUUAAUGUUCAGAGUCAGUGGCUGUAUUGCUGACACGCUAUCAAUGGUUGUACUGACUAUUUUAACAGCUCUGUGUGUGUCUGGGUGUCUGUGUCUGUGACAGUUUUUGAAGCAGGUAAAGGACAAAUGUUAAAACAUAAUUCACAUUGAUAAAUAGGCUUAUUGCCAAUCUUAUGAGGUCAACAAUAAGGCUAUAAAGCUUUAAUGUUUUAAUCUGUUUUUGUUGUGGGAUUGUAUCGCUGUACAAUGGUGAACAGAACAAUGAAAUGACUUUGAAAUCA